ACACGCCUUUAAACCAACACAAGAAGAAGAAAAGGCGGAAGUUAGCACACGUCACUGACCCAAAAGCUAACAAAAGUGUUGUGUGACGUUUUUAUUGUUGCGUUUGUACUUAUUCGCCACAAGUGUGACGUGUGUUAAAGAAACAGAAUUAAAGCUCUUUUACGCUGAGAUAAACUCAACGGAGGUUCUUAAAUUAGCCUUUUAGUGUGCUUGUUUUACUUACCCGCCACAGAAAAGAGGACGCCGAGGUUAGCAACACUUCGUGAACAGAGAGCUAGUGCGAUUGUGUAGAAAUGUGCAAAGUCCAAAUGUUCAGAGCGUUGAUGGAGCAGCGACUAAAUGCUGCAGUUGAAGAGAUAUGUGGACUGUUUGAAAGAAUCGUAACAGAGUACGAGGCGGAACUUUCUCGAACAAAAGAGGAGAAAGAGCGACAGCGGGAAGUACUGGAGGCUGUCCUCACGCCUAGCGCACACAAAGCAGACAUCCAGCAGGUGUCAGUGGAGAGUCAAGAAGAGGUUCCCUCUGAGCAUCAGGAGUGGAGCACCAGUGUGUGGCAGGAGGAGCCAGAGCCCCCCCACAUUAAAGUGGAAGAGGAGGAAGUGGCCACCAAUCGGGAUGGGGAGCAGCUUCAAGGGCUGGACGAGGCUGACAUCACCGAGUUUCCGUUGACUGGUGUCCCUGUGAAGAGUGAAGAUGAAGACAAAGCUCAGUCUUCACAGCUUCAGCACAGUCAAAGUGAGGAGAACAAAGGGGCGGAGCCCCUAACCCAACCCAUGACAACAGGAGCUGCUGGAGAGCACUGUGGAAGACCACAGGCAGACAGCCACUUUGCCCCACUUUCAGAUAUGGAUGACAUGAUGUCACACUCUUCUGAGACCGAUCACAGCGACGACACCAAAGAACCUGUUGAGAGUAACAACAACACACACUUUAUCUGCACAGAAUGUGGCAAAUCGUUUGGCAAGAUGAAAAAUUUGAGGCGACACAUGAGUACACAUAUUCAACGCAGCGACGCAGAGUUCAGUUGCCCAGAAUGUGGCAAAAUGUUUCCCAUCAAGAGGAACUUGAAUCGACACAUGAUGACACACACUGGAGUUAGACCGUAUGCUUGCUCUGUUUGUGGUAACAAGUUCUCGAGAAGUCACCACUUGAAAAGACACAUGAGGCUACACACCGGGGAGAAGCUUUUCCCCUGUUCGGUUUGUACCAAAACAUUCUCACACAGGUACAACUUGGUGACACACAUGAGAACACACAAUCAGCAGCAAUCUCUCCCCUGCUUGAUGUGUGCUAGGGGAUUCUCCAAAAAGUCCCAUUUGGAGAGACACAUCAGAACACACACUGGGGAGAAACCGUUUAGUUGUACUGUGUGUGAAAGAAGGUUCACACGCAAAGAACACAUUAAGUUACACAAGUGUUCCGGUGAUAAAAACAGUACUUGAAGGUGUGGGACUCACAUUUAAUUACUUGAGAUGAAUGAUAGCAAUUUUUUAGCAUCUAGCAUUUUGUAGUCCAAUGAACACAGCAUCUCUCUAAGCUACAAUGCUGUUUACAGUAAUUAUAAUGUCCCUAAUAAAACACAUUUUCUCAGACUGAAUGAACUAAAUGUGUGUAACAACCACUUGUUAUAGUUACUGUGUUUAGUUUGUAUGACAGCUUUACUUAGCAAUCAAUGCAAUCUACUGUAUUAUUGAGAGAGAAUUAAAACCUUUCACAGGGGUUGACUUAGUAAUGACUUCCGUUGGAAUUUCUUAUGUCUAUUUGUGAACUAACAAGGUUGGGAUGAAUUUUUUUUCCAAGAAAUGUACUAUAAAGGAGUACGUUUGUAAAAAAAAAAAAAAAAAGUCAAGCCGUGCUACAAAUACUAGCAGUAAUCUUGUUGCAUCACGUGAUUUUAUUGAUAUGACUGACUCUGACCCUGACCAUGACACAGUAAUCGAUGUCAUGGUGAGGCAGUGGGAUGGCAGCAUUUCUUCUAUUGUUAGUAUCAGAUCAUCAAUUAAAAAAAAUAUAUAUUUUACUCUUGGGUCGACAGUCUCAAUUCCCCCUUCAAAUUCAGUGAGUACCCUGUAAAGUGUACUAACAUACUAUGUAAAAUAUAAGGCAAAAAAAAAAAACAACCAAGCAUUGAAAUGUAUGCAUCUUAUCAAGUCUGUAAUAUAUCUGUAUAUGUAUUUAUUUAAUAUCGAAUUUACUUGUGCAAUAUCAGCAGAAUCGCAUCAAAAAUACUUUACUAAAAUAAAGAGAUAAGCAACAUUAAGGAAGAAAAAUAAAAAUGAAAUGCUUAAACUAAAUUACCCCAGAACAAUAGAUUUUAAAAAGCUCUAUAUUACAGUGUGUGCAAUUUGUAUUAACAUGUAUACAUUUGAAUGCAGACAAUACAACAAAAACUAAGUAUUUUGGUGGUCUUCAUCAAAAGU